UUACUUAUUGCCAAUUGAAUCAUUUGGCGGGACCCCGGGGUCCCGCAAAAAUCAGGUCAAUAAUGAUUAUUUUUCAGUCCGCCCACUCGUGAUACCGCAAGGACACCGGACGGCCCCCCGCCAGGGCUGCUGUUCAUUCUCGCGCGCGGCCCCCGUUCAGCAAUGGCGUCCGAGAAACGCCACCUCAUUGACCACGAGGAAGAGCUCAACGCCGAGAUGCACAAGUUCGUCAGGUGGACGCCGACGGGUGCAGGUGCAUCACCGCCUGUCGCAGCUCCGUCUGCGGGGGGGUCAAAGCGAGCCUCUGCCGCGGUCGACCGCGCUUGUCCGUAUCGACGACGAUGUCAGCUGCAAACGUCAUUCACAAGACGGGUGGAGCUGGAGGCUCCCAACAAACCGUGGUGCAGCGCAAUGUCCGCCCGUCGUGCGAUCGGGGGGCGAAAGCCGCUGCCCGCGCCGAGGCGAAGCUCGGCGCUGCUGCGAUCGUCAAGAUCCGUCAAGACUGGGAUGCGAUGGAGACGGGGCGUGCUGGAUCGGAGUGGCAGCAGUCGGAGGGGAUCUUUCUCAACCUAAUCCAGAUGAAACUGUCAGAGCGCGAGAUCCGCGCGAUUCUGCUUGUCGGCGGCUCUCGCCUCUAGCCCGCUUGCGCAAAGUCGCCGCGGAUGGGUUUGAUAGCCGGCACACGCGACGCGCUCCCACCACUCCCGCUCAUGCACUGACUGACGCCGAUCUGACGGCCCUCAGGGAUGACGUCGCUUCGAGGGAGGUUGAAGAUGGGUUUGCCCGCGGCCACCUUCGCCCCAAGCAAUACCUUCUGGAUCCGACGAUCACGUGGACGAAGCUGCAUAGCCGCUACAAAGCCAAGAUGGAGGAGCAAGACGCCCGCGUGAUUUCUUCCUCGAGGUGGACUCGGUACGUCCACCAGCUGUACCCUGGCUUGCGCCUCGUUCUCAGGACGUCCGAGGACGUCUGCGACUGCUGCGUCCGCAUCGAGAUUUCACUUCCGAGCAUUGCCGACGACGAGUGCGAACGCCUCGGAGCGGAGCUCGAGAUGCACCUGCACGAUGCCAUAGCUCAGCGCCGAGCCGUGUCGAGCUUCGUCAAGGAUUGCGUCGCGCAGCAUGCCCCCGGUCAACGUGUUCCGUGCAGCAUCAUCAUCCCGGACACUGUCGACGGCGCCGUCGGCGACGACGAUCGAGCGCCCGACGGGGCCUCUGACGGCGACAGCAGCUCCAGCAGGCCGCCGAUUCAAAUCCAAAUUGAGGAUUUUGCCGGCAGCUUUUCUAUGCCGCACUACGGCCACGAGCGUCCGCCCGCCGACUACUUCAACUCGAACCCGAUGAUGCGGAACUUUAUCACGGCCGACGUGACGAGAGGCAUCGACCACGUCGUUCUUUACGACGAGCACGCCCAAGGCAAGGAAGCUGAAGCAAUGUGCAGCCUGCGCUUCCAGUACCACCACAACCUGUUGAUCAAGCGCGGCGCCGCGAUGCCGCAGACGCUCCUCGUCGUUCUCGACAACUGCGUCGGGCAGAACAAGUCGCACAUCGUAAUGCAGUUCUUUGCGACGCUGUCGAUUCUGUUCUAUCGUAAGGUCGUCCUCGUCGAACUCCUUCCUGGCCACUCGCACAAUCAAGCUGAUCGCGUCGUCGCCUGGUGCCGGAACAAGAUGAAGGGCAAGAACUUCUUCACCUCCCAGCAGCUCGCCAGCGUCUGUGUCGACUUUUGUCGAUCACAACGACGCGCGGCGUCCUUUCUACGUCGGAUGGGACGCCGUUCUCUCGAAGUAUUUCAAGCGCCUGCCGGCCCGUUACACGUUCAAUUACUUUUUCGAGAUCGACGCGAGGGCGUCACCGCGAUGCGCCGGCUUUUGCUCGACCGCCGAUGAGGACGCCAUCGCUGCCCGCACAGUCGAUAGCGCGAACAUCAACAACAUGAUCCGCAAGGCGCUCCUCGGCGAUCUCUUCGGCCCCAGCGUCACGUCGAUCCACCAAGCCGCGCACAAAAAAAGCUUCCCGUCGUGCUGCAGACGGCGCCUGUUGGCACCAUCACCACGAAGAAGCUCAAGUCGCUCGCCAAGAAGUACUUUUCGAUCCCCGCCGAUUGCCUCGACUACUCUCCAGCCAUCCCGCCCAAUCUCGUCGCCGAGUUGGACGACGAC